AUAAUGCCUUUUAUGGAAGGAAAAGCCCGCCAGUUUCCCAGCGGAGCGAUUUUUCGGCCAAUCUACGGAGCUUACAGCUGUUCAAACGCCUUGUGACCUCCCAAAAAGAGCGCGAAAAGUUAGUCUGCCGAUCUGUAGCCUUCAGUGACCCCUUCCCUGUGUUAGGCUAAGCUUUUUGUUGGCGGAAAAGACUUCGGAGUGUGUCAGAGGCGGCUUUGUGUGUGCGACAUACCGGAUCUUCAACUUCGCGCGUGUCGGUCAGCUGAUCUGGACUCUCGGUACACCUACAACCACCCAAAAGCUACAGGACCGGUUGGAAGACCCGUGAAAAGCCUUGGACUAUAGACGACAACCGUUGGGAGAGUCACGGAGAAAUGGAUCCGCACCCUUUCUCGGGUUAUUACCCUUCCCUGCCUCCCCUUCCGCCAGCGAUGAGACCGUUCCCUUUCCCCACCACCUCCAACGCCAGCCCAAGUAGCAGAGGGAUGAUCUUUUACCCACAACCGCUGACCAUGGGCGACACCUCUCCAGGAGAGAGCGCCCUGGACUCCGACCAAUCGCCGGGGCCUUCUGGGGGGCAGUCCAAGAAGCCCAUGGACAAGAAGCUGCGGAGACAGAUAGCCAACUGCAACGAGAGGAGGCGGAUGCAGAGCAUCAACGCCGGUUUUCACACGCUCCGUGUCCUGAUGCCCCAUCUCCAGGGAGAGAAAAUGAGCAAGGCUGCAGUGCUCCAGCAUGCUGCAGAGCACAUCUUUCGACUGAACCAAGAGCGCGAGCGACUUCUCCAACAGAACACCUCCCUCCGAAUGAUGCUCUCCAAGUACUGGCCCAACAGCGACCCUGGCUCCGUGGAUCAGGAGUCCCAAGACGGCAAAGUGAACAAGGCUACCAGUCCCCUCUGUUUCGACGAUGAGCGGGCAGCCUCCAGAGAGCUGGAGCAGAUCUUUGCAACACAGAAGGAAGUGGAUCGCAUAAAGGCAGAGCUGGAAAGGGAGCGGUCGCGGAGGAUUUCGCUCGAGGCUCGGCUCAAAGAUCGCUCUCCGUCCGAAGAAGACGAGGAGGAAGAGGAGGACACGGAAUCAGACAUGGAUGAGUUCAAGCACAAAAGGCCACGGGUGGUGGACUCCGGGCCAAACUCCAGAAACAACCUUGACAUCAUUGUGAGGGCCAUCCGCCAGAUCGAGGGAGAUGCAUUCAGUCGAUCGGCGACACCCACCUGCGGAUCCCAAGAGAGAAGCACAGGCGGCACAUUCACUCCCAUCUCGACUGGAGACAACUCCCGAGUCAGUCCGGUCACUCCUGUAUGUGCUUCAUGAAUUCCUUCCCGGCAGCCCCACUUCUUCCCCGUCUCGCUCCCUACCUACCUGCGCCCCUGCUAUUAUUGCUACAGUACUUAUAACACCCCAAAUUGCCUACCACAGCGUUGAUUUCAAUUGUGCUGACAAAAAAACACACUAUACACAGUCUCUAUUCAAUCACAUCUCAUCAUUUUCACUGCCCCAUUUGACAGGCUCUUGCUACAUCCACACAUGUUUUGUACCAUUUGCAGUGUUAGUGAUCUAACAAGCUAUAUAGUCAGGUCAGAAACGAUUGCUCAUAGCAGAUGACUUUGCCGUGCUUCUAGCUAGUAGUUUUCUUGAUUUGGUCACUCAGUCUGUAUUUUACCAAGUGUAUCACAUCAUCCCAUCCCCCAACUUUCCCUGUAGAUGUAGGAGAGCUCUCAUCAGCGAUUUGUAGUGUGUAAAAACAGUGUGCAUUUACCCCUUGAUAAGGAAAUUUGCCAACAAUGUUUCCUGGUGGGGGGAACUGGGCAUUGUGAAGGCUGUAUUGUUGCGAGUGUGGAUUUACAAGCCGC